CUUCAGUAAACACCUUUGCCUUGGAUUACACCCAGAUUACUAAAUAAUAACAAACGGUAGACAUGGUUCUCGCAGCCGUGGGGCAGAUAUGCUCGACUGCGAAUAUCGCAACGAAUUUGGCCCAGUGUCAAACACUGGUUCGCAAAGCAGCUGCAGCUGGUGCUAAGGCAUUGUUUCUUCCCGAGGCAUCGGACUAUAUCGCUUCCUCGCCCGCGGAGACCGUUUCACUGGCACGAUCCGUUCAAGACAGCGAGUUCGUAUUGGGCCUUCAAAAAGAGGCUCAAAUGGCCAAUAUCCAUAUCAAUGUGGGCAUUCAUGAGCCAGCAUCUAACGGAAAAAUCAAGAACACCCUUGUCUGGAUCAACGAGAAGGGUGAUAUUACACAACGCUACCAGAAAGUCCAUCUAUUUGACGUGGAUAUUAAAGGGGGCCCGGUACUGAAGGAAAGCGCGAGCGUCGAGAAAGGCACUGAGAUACUACCCCCAUUUGAGACUCCCAUAGGGCGUGUCGGUUUAUCGAUUUGCUUCGAUUUACGGUUUCCCGAGAUCAGUCUGGCGCUAAGACGACAGAAUGCCCAGAUCGUCACAUAUCCAUCAGCGUUCACAGUUCCUACCGGAAAGGCGCAUUGGGAAACUCUGCUACGAGCUAGAGCCAUCGAGACGCAGUCCUAUGUGAUAGCUGCAGCGCAGUCUGGUCCUCACAAUGAGAAAAGAAGAAGUUACGGCCACUCCUUGAUUGUCAACCCUUGGGGGGAGAUUGUGGCCAGUCUUGAAGAUGAAUACCAGGAACCACAGAUUGCUGUCGCAGACAUCGAUUUGGAUCUCCUUGCCAAGGUUAGAAAGGAAAUGCCGCUACUCAGGAGAACGGAUAUAUACCCCGAAGUAUAACUGUCAGAGUUGAUCCAGUGCAGUUCAACAAGUCGUGUAAAUAAUGCCCCAGUAGGGAGGACAAGGGUUUCUGUUUAAUUGACGGUGGGUAUCAUAUACCCAGUGCCGAUACUAUUGGUGACUGAGAUAAUCGCCAUAUAUAUCCAUCUAAGGCAAGAGGCUUUACUUCCCUCCCUUUUGAUAAUCGUUCAACAAGUCAAUGGAAGAAACCGGGAUAUAGCAUGACAGAUACACACGCAGGGAAAAGGAAGCGAACAAUGAAAUGAAAUAGAAGCCCUGUCUAGGAUCGGACAUCAGAUGCCU